GGCAACAAUUCGCGAUGUUUUGAUCCGGCGGUUGAUCUGAUCGCUACAAAGAAUCGCAUAAUUCAUGCUGCAUUAAGAUGUCAAAUCGAAAGUUAAAGAUUCUGUGUCUUCAUGGAUAUCGGCAGAAUGCCAAGUCCUUCCGAGAGAAGACUGGAGGGUUUCGAAAAAGCAUCAAGAAUGUUGCAGAUUUAGUUUAUAUUGAUGCUCCUCAUGAAAUACCAUUGGAAGAUAAAUCUGACAAUGAUGAAGAAACUUCAUUGGAUUCCAACACAGGGAGAGCUUGGUGGUUUGCAACUGAAGAUUUCAAAUUUAAUGCAAAAACUCCAACAGAAAUAGCACAAGGUUUUGAUGAAUCAGUAGCUUGUAUUAAGAAAGCAUUUGAAACAGAGGGACCAUUUGAUGGAAUAUUUGGAUUUAGCCAGGGUGCGGCGAUGGCAUCUCUGAUUUGUGGUUUAAAAGAAAUCAAAGAGUUUUCAUAUGAUUUUCAUUUCGCAAUCAUAGUAGCUGGAUUUAAAAGUGUGUCACUGUGCCAUCAAGUUUUGUAUGAGAAUAUCGUUAACGUUUCAAGCUUACAUAUCAUGGGAAAGGAUGAUACUUGCAUUCCAAAAGAGCUGAGUGAAGAAUUAGCCUCUCGUUUUCAUGAGCCGCAGAUAGUAUAUCAUGAGGAUGGACAUUAUGUACCAACUGGCAAGAAUGUACGAAGUGAAUACAUGCAAUUUUUAAGAAAUUCUUUA